GCGCCGGAAGCGCUGGGGCCGGGCCUCUUCCGUCCGGACGCGGGGCGGCGAGCGGCCGGCGUGCUCCGAGCGCUCGGAGCGAAGCGCUGCCUGGCGGCCCUCGGCGGCCCCGGCCCCGGCCCGCGCGCGCCCCCGCCGAGCGAGCGAGCGGACGAGCGAAGAUGGUGGGCCGCAACAGUGCCAUCGCCGCGGGCGUGUGCGGCGCCCUCUUCAUCGGCUACUGCAUCUACUUCGACCGCAAAAGGCGGAGCGACCCCAACUUCAAGAACAGGCUGCGAGAACGAAGAAAGAAACAGAAGCUUGCUAAGGAGAGAGCUGGGAUUUCAAAGUUACCUGACUUAAAGGAUGCUGAAGCUGUUCAGAAGUUCUUCCUUGAGGAGAUACAGCUUGGUGAAGAGUUAUUAGCACAAGGUGACUACGAGAACGGUGUAGACCACCUGACAAAUGCGAUUGCUGUGUGUGGGCAGCCUCAGCAGCUGCUGCAAGUGUUACAGCAGACUCUCCCACCACCAGUGUUCCAGAUGCUUCUGACCAAGCUUCCAACCAUUAGUCAGAGAAUUGUAAGUGCUCAGAGCUUGGCUGAAGAUGAUGUGGAAUGAGCCAGAUAUCAACACUAUAAAAUCUGUUAAAAAUGAUUUAACCAUUAGCUUGGAAGCUGCUCGGCUCUGGGGGAAUAAGGGCAAAUGUGCUUGUCAUGAACUGUCCUACACUGAAGUCUACCAAAGUGAAUGUGUGCUUUGAGUAGAUCCAUUGUCUGUUCUAUUUAUUUUUUCCAGUGAAAAGUAUUUUGAUAGGACUUUUCAUUUUAUAAAUACACAGAGUUAACCAAAAUAUCAUGGAUUUCGUUUAUUCUUAUGACAUGGAAUUCAAAUGUAAAUACAGUAAGUAGAGUAUUACUGAGAUAAAAACACCCAGAGAUGAAUUUUGAAAGAUUGGAAGAGAGUAAGAAGGAUAGUUGAAUAAUGCCCAUUUUUAAAGACUAGUACAUUUUACUGUAAGUCAUAAAAUUGGAUAGAAACAUGUGUUUGUGAAAACUGAGCAUUAAAAUCUUACCGAGACCGUUUCUUUCUGUUUACUCUUGAACAUGUGAAGUGUGCUGUUAGCGAUCCCAUUCCUCCCGUGCUUCCUUAAAAACUUAGUCUGCAUCUGUGGCUUAAUGUCUUUUGGGCACUAACGCCUAGUAUUCCGAGCACCUGGCUGCAGGUAGCUUUGCCUGCUGUAUGCUCAUUCAGCUCUGUGUGGACUGAGUGUCGGUCUGCUCAUCUCGGGGGUGGCUCUUCAGUGUGGAGCCUGAUUGGUUCUGUUGAGUGUCUUCAGGUCCAUCUCCAGCUGUUGACUGAUGGUUAUUUCAGAACAACCAGGGCUUGCACUAGUUUAUAUUCUGAAUUUGCAUGUUUGCCUGGCUUGGUGUUUCCAUAGUUAAACCUCUCAAUAGACUAGCUUCUUUGUCAGUUGUCGGCUGAUGUGAUCCUCUUGCUACCGUGUCAGUUAACCAGGAGCUUGUCUGUGGGGCAGUUGUGAUGGUCGACUUGUGUCUCCUCCCUUUCUGCCUAUACCAGUGCAUCUCUUCAGUCCCGCGGAUGACUCAGCAGAUCACCUGGUGACGUGAGCUGUUUCUGAGCUGAGGGUGAAGGCCUUAGGGUCUGUGCUGGUAUCUGUUCACCGAGCAGCAUUCUCAGGGGCAGCUCGUCGGCCUCCAUGCCUUAGACUUGCUUGGCUUUCCUCACCUUUUCCAUGGGUUUGUUGUGAUGGUCAUAUGCACAUAGGAAGAACCUGGAGUAAGGCUUAACUAGUUUCUGCCUCUGGUUGGACAACUCCCUUCAUGUAAGAACCUUGCUCUAGUAGUUUCUGGUGGAAUGCCAGGCCCAGAGGCACACAUUUGAGCCUGUCUAUAAGCCCUUGCCAGGCCUUUGAUCCUGAACCUUUUAAAACAGUGCUUUCUAGGUAGACAUGUUCUCUGGUAGGGUAUAGAGCCACCCCAGGGAUGAGUGAGCAUCAUAAUGGUGACUGGUCAAGACAUUGUCCUGCAUCAGCCCAGAUAAGGGAGGGUGGGGUGGGAACGGGACUGGUAGGGAACUGCUGGAGAGGUGUCCUAGUGUGCGUUGGGUGGGCUGGCUGGCUCCUCUGCAAUGACAGUGGAGAGGGUAGAGAUGCAGCCUCUUUUUUUUUUUUUAGUAAUGGAUGUGCCAUCAGCGUUGUCGCCUUUGAACACUAGCUGUGUGUGUGAAGGACUGCUUUCCUCUACAGAAGCAAGUGUUGAACACUAUUCUCGAGCCAGAAAGCCUUGGUGCUAGGCAGUGAUACACAUAACUAAAAGCAUUUUAAAUAGAGCUGCCUGAAAGGUGGUGUAAAUGCCCUUAGUGUGCACACGGGCAAAAUCCAGGUGUUGGUGAUCCUUUUAUCUCAUUGUCCACUUGCCUUUAUGACCUUGAGUCAACCUAUGGACCAGAACAUCCACUUCACUGUUCCUGCUGAAGAAAUGGGGGAUUUGGUGUGUGAUCAUGACAACGAAUAUCCCUUCUAACAGAGAAAGUGUUUAUUGCUUGUGACUCAGCUGUAUUAAAGGGUUUGGAGAGCAUGUGGCUUGGUGUGUAUUUGCAGAACUGAAUGCGGUUGAUUUUGGUGACUAGAAAGCACACCAGCCUUUUAGGUUAGCGUUCUUUUGGAAAAGCUGUGUGCCCUCACCCGCCCCUACCCCUCAAAAGCCCAUUACUCCUCGACUUCCAGUGUGGAAAGUAUCCAAAUUCCAAGUUACGAAGUUCUGCCUUAAUGCCAGUAGGUGAGGGCUUCUGUGUAGUCUGGGGUGGGGGCGGUGUCUGGCAGCCAGAGUGAUCGUAGCUAUUAGACUGCUGUCUCUAAAAGGGACCGUGUUUCCUGGUGACCGAGACACUACAUACUUGAUGACAAUGCCUAGUCACUGUUGAAAGUCUGGACCAUAACAACUCAGCAUUUUUGAAAUAUUUAAAAAAACUUCUAUAGCUCAACUUGAUGGAUUUAUUUACAAAAUCACACUAAGCACUUUCUUUUUCUGCUCUGGAACGCAAGAAUUGUGUAAUUUUACUGUGUGGGGGUGGUGGUGGGACACACAAAAAGUUAGAGUGAAGGCAUUGUGAAAUGAACCUUUUAAGGCCAUUUUAGUACAUUAGGAUCCUGGCAGCAUGGUGAGGCUUCAUGCAAAAACUGCCGAGAGUCAAAUUUUACCAAGAAGCAGGGGGGCUGGAAGGUGAGAGUUGACCCUGGAGGAUGGUUUAGCAGGCCUUCAUUAGGGGGACGGGUAGGUGGGCCUGGCAUGUGCAGGUGUGAUCCGAACGUAGUGGAGACGGACCUGCUGGGCCUCGCUGAGGUACAGGCUAUGUUGCAGACUUUGAGUUCACCUCAAAGCAGUUUAGGGGAUGACAGUUAACCCCUGAGGGAUAAAGCCUUGCGGAGGCUAGGGUUGGCACAGUCUGCUGGCAAUGCUGUCCGGAUCACAUUCCUUAAGGCCCUCGGUUUCCUGUGUUAGGGCUCCACUGGCAGAGUAACCCCUUUUCAGUCCCCACUCUCCUCUCUUGCCUUAGCCUCUCAAGUGCUGGAGUUGCUGAAUGUAUCACUGCCUAUUAGUGCAUGGUCAUAGUAGAACAGCCCCCUUGCAACCAUCUGUCAUGGGGGGGCACUUGUGCUCCCAUCAUCUGGGUGACAGAAUUGUGAGUUUGAGGUCAGCUUUGGACCCUGUGGAGGCUGGAAGGUUAAGGAUUUGAAUUAGAAUAAACUGACAAGGCUGAGCUCAUUGGAAGGAAGCUGGGGUUGUUUCACUAAUUUGUUUUCAUUCAUUUUGUUUUUCAAAUAACUUUCACGCUGAUCCUCUUGUGUUCAUCUAUGGAAUGCUUGGUUUACAGGUGUGUGCUUCCAUGCCUGUUAUUUAAAACAGACUCCAGUAUGUAGAUCCAGCUGCCUUGUCGUUUCCCCUGCCAUCCCUCCCAAGUGCUCAGUGUCAGCGCCAGGAUCAGACCCUGUCACUGAUGGGUCUGGAUCUUGUCUUGUUCCUGAGAUAGCCCUGAGUAGCUCGAAGAGGCUGUAACUUCCAAGGCUGGGACCACAGGCAUUUGCCUCUAUGGCUUUGCUUUUCAAGAGUUUUGAGUUUCAUGAAAAAACUUGUUUUUGACUUGAUGUUACAACAGAAUUUCCAGCACUUUUGGAAUGAUCCACGUCAUGCUGUGUUUAUGUAGAGUGUUGUGAACUAAUUAUAAAAUUGGAAUAUUGACCAGCUGUGAAAUUCUAAAGAGGCUCUGCAGGAUCAGGUGAUACCUAAAAUUAUAUAAUGUAAGAGCACAUUCAUCUCAUUCAUAUGCACCUCAUCGUUUUGAAAUAAAUGCCUUUAUGAUUUA